AUGGCAAGAGAAGCUGGUUCAGCUAUACUAUCGGUCGUGGAGGAAGUCACAACACUCAACACUUCCUUCACACACCUGUAUGAUACUUACGAUUACUACAUCCACCCCCACUGGCGACAAUACCCACCUGUGUCUGAUAACUGGCAUUACUUCAUCGGAUUCUUCAUCACGGUGGUAGGUCUAAGUGGUGUUAUUGGCAAUAUCGUGGUUAUAUGGACCUUCACCUCCACCAAAACCUUGAAAACGCCGUCCAAUAUGUUGAUUGUGAACCUGGCAUUAAGCGAUCUUACGUUUUCGGCUGUCAAUGGAUUUCCAUUAUUAACAAUAUCUGCCUUCAAUAAACGAUGGGUUUUUGGUGACGCAGCGUGUGAGUUCUAUGGUCUGAUCGGUGGGAUUUUCGGCCUCAUGUCUAUCAACACACUCGCCAUGAUUUCUAUUGAUAGAUACAUCUGUAUCACCAAACCGCUUCAAGCAGCAAGACUGAUGACCCGUAAAAAAGCCUUCUUUAUGAUAGUGAUUGUUUGGUCAUGGGCUAUCGCAUGGUCACUUCUUCCACUAUUCGGUUUAGGAGCUUAUAUUCCUGAAGGUUUUCAAACUUCCUGCACCUUCGACUACCUAACCAAGACAAUGUCAAACAGAAUAUACAUUGUUGGAAUGUAUGUGUUCGCAUUUGCAUUACCUCUUGUAAUAAUUAUCGGUUGUUAUGUAGGAAUUUUGAAAGCUAUCAGAAAACAUGCUAAAGAAAUGGCAAGUAUGGCUGAUAAAAUGAACGCCGAGGAGGCAGAAAAAAAAGAAAAAUCAAAAACAGAAAUAAAAAUAGCAAAAAUUGCGAUGAUGCUCGUAUCACUUUUCAUUUUAUCGUGGAGUCCUUAUGCUACCAUAGCUUUGUUGGCUCAGUUCGGAGACCCAUCCUUUGUAACUCCCUUCAUGUCAGAGUUGCCUGUUAUGCUAGCCAAAGCUUCUGCUAUGCACAACCCCAUAGUGUAUGCACUCAGUCAUCCUAAAUUCCGCGAGGCAUUAAUGAAAAAAGCACCAUGCUUUUUAUCAUGUUGUAUGCCGUCAGAAAAACCUAAGGAUGGUGACAAAGCACCCGUCCCACCCAAACCAGUAAUGCAUCGACAGCUCACGCAGACUUUUAGUGACGCUAGUAUGUCUAGUGUUCAGACAAAUCUUAGUGAAGGUUUCGACAUGAAGACGCCGAAAGAGCAGUGGGCUAGCUCGGCUGAAAUGGUAAGACAGCUAGUUGGAGUGAUUGUAUGCAUGGCAACCAAGAAAAGCACUGAUCAGCCGAUUGUUCUUCCUCAAAAUGGAGCUGCACAAAUUGGUGAGGCAGGCCCAUCUGCAGAGACAAAUGAAGAGGGUGUGUUCACCGUCAAUGAUGGUAACCUUGACUUAGUGGCAGCAGCAGGUGCUUUGAUUAAUGCUUUCGGACCAGAGUCCGAACCUGAGAAACCGUUAGAAGAAGAGGAGGUAACUAUGUCAGGCACAGAUAACCCGGCAUUAGAGUCUGAAGCUGAAGAGAAAGAUACACAGGUUUGA